CUAGCGCCGGCCCCACUCCGAGUGUCCCGGGCUCUGCCGGUGCUGGGCGCCGCCGCCGGAGCUGCGGGGCCCGCGGGAGUCGAACCAGUCCCCAGGGAAGCCUCCUUAGGUGGAAGGAGAUGACCAAGCUUGAGACCUGAGUUCAGCCUCCUAGACCUGUAUGGUAAAAGAGUCUUGACCCCUGCAAGUUGUCCUCUGGCCACCACACAUACACCCAUAACUCAACUCACUCGCAUUUCCACAGUGGGGUCAGUGACUCCUGUUUCAGCAGUGUGAGAACUAUGACAGGGGCUACACCCAGCUGACUGGCUCUGAGGAGACUCCAUAACUGAGGGAAGCCAUCUGGUUCUUUUCAGUCCUCUUCAGCCCCAUGAGUUAGUACCAUUCUUACCUCCAUUUUUCAGAGGAGGCCCACCCACCAAGGCCAUGGAAGAGGAGGCUACUGAGGCCAAGUCCCCAGGCCCCUGCUACAAGCGCUCUGGACGCCGUUUCAAGUGCCUCUUGUGUACCAAGACGUUUCCAAAUGCUCCCAGGGCGGCGCGCCAUGCUGCUACACAUGCGCCUUCCGACUGCCCCGAGGAGGUGAAUGAGGUCCAGCCAAAGGCGGACGCAGAGCCCAAGGCCGAGGAAGCCAGUGGAGACAAGGUGUCUGGCUCAGCAGCCAAGCCCAGGCCCUAUGCCUGCCCACUGUGCCCCAAGGCCUACAAGACGGCCCCUGAGCUCCGCAGCCAUGGGCGCAGUCACACUGGCGAGAAGCCCUUCCCGUGCCCAGAGUGCGGCCGCCGUUUCAUGCAGCCCGUGUGCCUGCGAGUGCACCUGGCCUCGCAUGCUGGUGAGCUGCCCUUCCGAUGUACGCACUGCCCCAAGGCUUAUGGUACGCUCUCCAAACUCAAGAUCCACCAGCGUGGACACACCGGCGAGCGGCCCUACGCCUGCACCGACUGCGGCAAGAGCUUCGCUGACCCCUCGGUGUUCCGCAAGCAUCGGCGCACCCAUGCGGGCCUGCGGCCCUACAGCUGCGAGCGCUGCGGCAAGGCCUAUGCUGAGCUCAAGGACUUACGAAACCACGAGCGGUCCCACACGGGUGAGCGCCCCUUCCUCUGCUCCGAGUGUGGGAAGAGCUUCUCCCGAUCCUCUUCCCUCACGUGCCACCAGCGCAUCCACGCAGCCCAGAAACCCUAUCGCUGCCCGGCUUGUGGUAAAGGCUUCACGCAGCUCAGCUCCUACCAAAGCCAUGAGCGCACGCACUCGGGCGAGAAGCCCUUCCUGUGCCCUCGCUGUGGCCGCAUGUUCUCUGAUCCCUCGAGCUUCCGCCGCCACCAGCGGGCACACGAGGGCGUGAAGCCUUACCGCUGCGAGAAGUGCGGCAAGGACUUCCGGCAGCCGGCCGACCUGGCCAUGCACCGGCGGGUGCACACGGGCGACCGGCCCUUCAAGUGCCUGCAGUGCGACAAGACUUUCGUGGCUUCCUGGGACCUUAAGCGGCAUGCGUUGGUGCACUCAGGACAGCGGCCGUUCCGCUGCGAGGAGUGUGGGCGAGCCUUUGCCGAGCGAGCCAGCCUCACCAAGCACAGCCGCAUGCACUCCGGCGAGCGCCCUUUCCACUGUAACGCCUGUGGGAAGUCCUUUGUGGUGUUAUCCAGCCUCAGGAAGCACGAGCGUACCCACAGAAGCAAUGAGACUGCAGGGGCUGCCCCCCAGCAGGAGCUGGUACUAGGGCUGGCGCUGCCCGUGGGCGUCGUGGGUGAGGGCUCGGCUGCCCCCGUGGCCGGUGCAGGGCUAGGGGACCCUCCAGCGGGGCUGCUAGGGUUACCCUCGGAGUCCGGUGGUGUAGUGGCCACACAGUGGCAAGUGGUGGGCAUGACUGUAGAGCAUGUGGAGUGCCAAGAUGCUGGCGUUGGGGAAGCUCCUGGUACCCUGGGAGAUGCAGGAGGAGAGGUGGGGGGUGAGGAGGCCGAUGAGAAGCCCCCCCAGUUUGUGUGCCGGGAGUGUAAAGAAACUUUCUCCACACUGACCUUGCUGCGCAGGCACGAGCGCUCGCACCCGGAGCUCCGGCCCUUCCCCUGCACGCAGUGUGGGAAGAGCUUCUCAGACAGGGCCGGGCUCCGUAAACACAGCCGCACCCACAGUUCUGUACGCCCCUACUCGUGCCCCCAGUGCCCUAAAGCUUUCCUGAGUGCCAGCGACCUGCGCAAACACGAACGCACUCACCCCGUGCCCAUUGGCACCCCCAUACCCCUGGAGCCUCUUGUGGCUUUGCUAGGAAUGCCAGAGGAAGGGUCAGCCUGAAGCUCAUGGCUCUCUACCACACUCCCAGGUGCCCAUUUCCAGUCUCCAGAUCCCUGCAGCCGCUGGGCAUCUAGCUCAGCGCUCAGUCCACUAAGAGCUGGGGACAGUGGAGGCUGGUAGCCCUUGUGAGCGACACUCAUUAAAGCGUUGGCUUUGACAUCAA